GACAGCUCCGCGCCACCAUGCCCUGAGUGUCCCCGGCGGCGCCGCGGCGGCCCCAUGGCGGUGGCACGGAAAAUCAAAACUUUGUUGACGGUGAACAUCUUGGUCUUCGUGGGCAUCAUCCUCUUCUCCGUGUACUGCAGGAUCCAGGACCGCUCGCAGGAGCUGGUGCAGAUCGUGCGGAGCGCGGAGCGCCGCGCCAGGAGCCGCGGCGCCAAGGUGGGCAGCCUGGCCGACAGGGAGUCCAUCCUGCAGCGCCUGGACCACCUGGAGGAAGUGGUCUACAACCAGCUCAAUGGUCUGGCAAAACCCAUGGGAUUAGUUGAAGGUCCAGGAGGCUUGGGCCAAGGGGGAAUGGCUGCUACCCUGAGAGAUGAUAGCCAUGAAUCCGAGACUAAAUAUGAAGAGUAUGGUUACAACGCCCAACUCAGUGACAGGAUAUCGCUGGACAGGUCCAUCCCUGACUACCGACCCAAAAAGUGCAAACAGAUGACUUACCCUGAUGACCUGCCCCAGAUCUCCGUGGUCUUUAUAUUUGUCAACGAGGCGCUGUCCGUCAUCCUGCGCUCUGUGCACAGCGUCGUGAAUCACACCCCGUCGCACUUGCUCAAGGAGAUCAUUCUGGUGGAUGACAACAGUGACAAUGUUGAACUAAAAUUUAAUCUAGACCAGUACGUCAAUAAGCGAUACCCAGGCCUGGUGAAAAUAGUGCGCAAUAACAAACGAGAAGGACUGAUUCGAGCCAGGAUCCAGGGCUGGAAAGCAGCGACCUCUCCAAUUGUUGGUUUCUUCGAUGCUCACGUUGAGUUCAACAUUGGCUGGGUGGAACCUGCACUUACCCGGAUCAAAGAAGAUCGGAAGCGGAUCAUCUUACCAGCAAUUGACAAUAUCAAGUACAACACUUUUGAAGUGCAGCAAUACGCCAACGCAGCCCACGGCUACAACUGGGGCCUCUGGUGCAUGUACAUAAUCCCACCGCAGGACUGGCUCGAUAAAGGCGAUGAGUCAGCUCCCAUCAGAACACCAGCCAUGAUUGGAUGCUCAUUUGUGGUGGACCGAGAAUACUUUGGUGAGAUCGGCUUGCUUGAUCCUGGCAUGGAGGUCUAUGGAGGAGAAAAUAUUGAACUGGGCAUGAGGGUUUGGCAGUGUGGAGGAAGCAUGGAGGUGUUGCCCUGUUCUCGCGUGGCGCAUAUAGAACGCACAAAGAAACCCUACAACAACGACAUUGAUUACUAUGCAAAGCGCAAUGCUCUGCGGGCUGCUGAGGUCUGGAUGGAUGACUUCAAGUCGCAUGUUUACAUGGCCUGGAACAUCCCGAUGGCAAACCCUGGAGUUGACUUUGGAGACGUUUCUGAAAGGAUCGCUCUACGACAGCGACUGCAGUGCCGGAGCUUUAAGUGGUACUUGGAAAACGUCUAUCCUGAAAUGAGGGUUUAUAAUAAUACAGUUACUUAUGGAGAGGUCCGUAACAGCAAAGCUAGUGGCUACUGCCUGGAUCAGGGAGCUGAAGAGGAUGACAAAGCGAUCCUUUACCCAUGCCAUGGAAUGUCCUCUCAGCUGGUGCGCUACAGCUCCGAAGGCGUCCUGCAGCUUGGGCCCCUGGGCUCCACGGCCUUUCUGCCGGACUCCAAAUGCCUYGUGGAUGAUGGAAAGGGCAGGACACCCACUCUGAAGAAGUGUGAAGAUGUCCUGAGGCCAGCACAGAGGUUCUGGGAUUUCACACAGAAUGGUCCGAUCAUCAGCAGAGACACUGGUCGUUGUCUAGAAGUGGAAAUGUCAAAGGAUGCAAAUUUUGGGCUCAGAUUAGUUGUACAAAGGUGCUCGGGACAAAAAUGGAUGAUUAGAAACUGGAUAAAACACGGUCGGCAUUGACUGCUGGGGCUGAGAAGCUGCCUCUCCUGCUACUGUCCAUCGCUCAGUGUGCCAUACCUCGCAAGGCAUUUGUCCUAAAGCAAAUUAGUUUGAACAGGACUUGACUCUCAACAGUCCUCCAUAGCUGGGCAUUUAAAGAGAGGGGAAAACGAAGGAAAAGCAGACGCAUACAUGCCCUAUUUGACUUUUCAUUGCUCCUGAGGAUGCCCUGGGAAGCUUCAGACGAGUUUUCUGUUGAUUUGGAAAUCACGGGAUGGUCAGAACGCAACAGAGAAGUGGGUUCGUUAAGCUCUCCUGGAGGAAUUAUAGACAGAUGGUUCUUUGAUGAGUUGAAAGGAGAGUUCCCAAUACUGCCUCAUAAAGAGAGUUCUCUGAUGGUUAGCUUUUUAGCUUUAAGUUAUUGACUGGUGCACAACUCCUAUGGUGAAUAAUCAUGUGCCUUUUUUAUUGUACUUCGUAUACAAGGGAACUGGAAAAACUCUUACCUUUUCAGCAUGUCUGGCUCAUUGUACUAAACAAGGAGACCUGUAAAUAACACUGGAAAAUAUGAAUUUCAAGGGCAGUUGUCUAGGAGUCUCUAUUUCUAGAAAGAGACUGUUCUGCAAAUGUUUACAGGUGGUUCUCAACCUUCAUGUUGCUAAAAAGCAGCAUUUUAGAGACCUCUUCUAGUUAGGAAACAGGUAAAUGUUGAAUAGGUAAAAUUGCCACAUGSUCCAUUAUUUUGCCACAUUUUACAUUUCUUGGCUGUAAAGGCAUCACGAUACAGCACCUGCAUAUUUAACUCGAGGCAGCAGACGUCCUAGUAGAUGCUUUCUAGAGGACUCAGCUGGCACACAAGCCCUGAGGACCUAAAUGCAAGGCUGCCAUCCUGCAGUGGUGUGUGCGGGUGCAGUGUUGCUGCAAAAGCCAGUGGGGGAUGCUGAAUAUUCGUCACUUCUUGAAAAUAAGGUCACUUGUUUAGUUGCCAGCUGUGGAAUUYAGAAACUUACCUUGAAGCUUCCAUUUUGUUACUCUUCCUGUGAGAAUGUCAAAUGUGAGCAAAUAGGCUUUGUGAGCAAUUUCUAAACAAACCAGCAAAGUCAUUUAAAGUAUUGGAGAAAAAAAAAAAAAGAAAAAAAAAUAGUGAUAAGAAGACAAAUUAGACCAAGAGAGAAUUAGACAGCAUAUAUAUAUACAUGUACUGUUAUUCUGAAAUCUAAAUGUUUUACUGUAGAUUAUCUGGCGAGAGCAUGUUUGUGAACCUGAAUUUAAUAAUGUAUCUCGUGGUUCAUGAAGUAUGUACGAGCAGGUAGCUGAAACAAGGAGAAGGCCUUAUCCAAAAGCUAUCAAAGUUGAUGACCACUGUCAAUGUCAGCAGGCUUUGGAUAUGGGUCUAUAGCAGAUGGCCUUUCAUUAUAGAAGAUUCGGAUGAAGGAGACAGAGAUA